AUCACUGCAGCCCCAGGGGCCUGCACGCCCGCAGAGCAGCGGCUGGACUCUGUCCCCUGCCACUCACUCGGCCUCCCGUGCCUGCCCCGGGACCUGGUGGGUCUGGUGUUUCUUCUGUCUGUCCCAUCAGCCUGGGGGCUCUCUAAGGACUGCGCCUGCCCAUCAGACUCUGGUUCCCUGCAGGCUGUGCCUCCCCCGGCAGGCUCAAGCUCCCUGGGACGGGGGUAGGUGAAGCCCCCACUGCCGUGUGAGGUGAGGGGCUCCUUCCCACAGGGCAGACGCUGUUUACAGCCCAUCUCUAAGGAAGGGAUGAGACCGCCCCGGAGGGGGCCGAGAAUGUGCAGCUGUCCCCCUGCCAGCUCCCACGGCGGCCGGAUUCCCCGCUCACGCUCCCCCACCGAUUCUCGGCACACUUAGGGGUCCCGAGAGGAGAAAGCUGGCAGCUCGAGCCAAAGCUGGGGGUUGGGCCCAGACUCUAGAAGGUUAUGUUCCCAGCAACUGUCUGUGACCUCCUCAGAGGAGGUGGCUCGGCCCGCAGCAGCAGGGGCUUCGGGUGGAGGUAGAGGAGCGCUCGGGAAGACAGUUAUUCCAGCCCUGACUCCUGGAGCGCCCGGGCACAGGCUCCGGCUGCAGGCUGUCCGGCGCGGCCCCUGUUGAUCCCCACACAGCUGGAAGGAGCAGACAUCAUUCCCAUUUUAUAGACAGGGGAACGGAGCCUUGCAGAAAGGGGACGGGGGAGGGGAUCACACUUGUGCAAGUGGCAGAACUGGGAUUCGAACCCGGAUGUGUUGGAUCCAAACCCUCCCAGAGGCCGGGAGGCGUGAACCUACGUGUGUGGAGACAGACCGCCUGGAAGACCCGAGAAGUCCCUCUCUCCCGCCCACUGGUCUGCAGAGCUGGGGCUGACGUCGUGCGGGGCCAGGGCAGAAGCCAGGGGAAGGCCAUCCUGGGAGGCGGCAGGUCCCCUGCUCUUCGCAGGCCACAGUGUGGGACCUCUGCUCCCCUGCAACUCUUGCCCUUCCUCCCAGAUCAGAGCCAGUUCCCCCUCCCCCAGGGAGGCCUCUCUGAUUGCUCCCACCCACACAGCCCCCGCCCCAGAUGCCCACAGCACUGGCCAUCUCCAGCCCCUGGCAGUGUGCCAUGUGUCCCCUCUCCUCUAUCCCACUGGCAGUUCCCCCAGGGCGGGGGUUCCCCUGUCUCCGCAUUAGCCUGGGGAGGUGGGGACUGUUACCCAUUUGGCCCCCGCAGAACCCAGUCUGGAGCUUCAUGCUUGGGGAACUCUGUCUACGGGGUAUUAGUGGUGCUGGUGCUAUGUGGAGUGGGGGCAGAGCAGGGGACAGGGCACAGCUGGGGGCCAGGGUGGUGCCUGGGACAAGAGGGUCUGUCACCUCCGCUGGAGAUUCCUGCUGGUUCCGGGGCUGUGUCACCCUUCCUGGCCGAGGGGGCUCCAGGGCUGCCGGGAAGUCACCAGCACUAAGGGACAGAAGGAGCUCCAAAGAUGACCGGAUCCCUUGAAUCCCGAUCAGCCAGGGGAGAUUUUAACAGAGACUCUUCCCUCUGCACCCCAAGAUUCUGAUUUGGGGUCUUGCGAAGCGCCCCGGAAUCUGUUCCCAUCAGCUCCCCACACGGCCAGCUCACAGGCCAGUGUCCGGAAACCACUCAUCCCCAGCAGGGGCCUGAUGGAGGAGCUGCUGGGCCUGCGUGAGGGCUCCUCGGGGGACCCCGUGACGCUGCAGGAGCUGUGGGGCCCAUGUCCCCGCAUCCGCCGAGGCAUCCGAGCUGGCCUGGAGUGGCUGAAGCAGAAGCUGUUCCGCGUGGGCGAGGAUUGGUACUUCCUGAUGACCCUGGGGGUGCUCAUGGCCCUGAUCAGCUACGCCAUGAACUUCGCCAUCAGCCGUGUGGUCCGAGCACAUAAGUGGCUGUACCGGGAGAUUGGGGACAGCCACCUGCUCCGGUAUCUCUCCUGGACCGUGUACCCUGUGGCCCUGGUCUCCUUCUCCUCCGGCUUCUCCCAGAGCAUCACGCCCUUCUCUGGAGGUUCCGGAAUCCCAGAGCUGAAGACCAUCUUGUCGGGGGUGGUCCUGGAAGACUACCUGGACAUCAAGAACUUCGGGGCCAAGGUGGUGGGCCUCUCCUGCACCCUGGCCGCCGGCAGCACCAUCUUCCUGGGCAAAGUGGGCCCCUUCGUGCACCUGUCUGUGAUGAUUGCUGCCUACCUGGGCCGUGUGCGCACCAAGACCAUCGGGGAGCCUGGGAACAAGAGCAAGCAAAAUGAAAUGCUGGUGGCAGGGGCGGCGGUGGGCGUGGCCACAGUCUUCGCAGCACCCUUCAGUGGCGUCCUGUUCAGCAUCGAGGUCAUGUCUUCCCACUUCUCCGUCUGGGAUUACUGGAGGGGCUUCUUCGCUGCCACCUGUGGGGCCUUCACAUUCCGCCUGCUGUCCGUCUUCAACAGCGAGGAAGAGACCAUCACCUGCCUCUUCAAGACCAGUUUCCCAGUGGACAUCCCCUACGACCUGCCAGAGAUCUUCUUUUUCGUGGCACUGGGGGCCAUCUGCGGCGUCCUGAGCUGCGCUUACCUCUUCUGCCAACGAACCUUCCUCGCCUUCGUCAAGACCAACUGGUUCUUCUCCAAACUGCUGGCCACCAGCAAGCCUCUGUACUCCGCCCUGGCCGCCCUGGUCCUCGCCUCCAUCACCUACCCGCCCGGCGUCGGCCGCUUCAUAGCUUCCCGGCUGUCCAUGGGCGAGCAUCUGGACUCGCUGUUCGACAACAAGUCCUGGGCACUGAUGACCAGGAACUCGUCCCCGCCCUGGCCCAGGGAGCCCGACCCCCAGAACCUGUGGCUGGAAUGGUACCAACCGGAGUUCACCAUCUUUGGGACCCUCGCCUUCUUCCUGGUUAUGAAGUUCUGGAUGCUGAUUUUGGCCACCACGAUCCCCAUGCCCGCCGGGUACUUCAUGCCCAUAUUCAUCUUAGGAGCUGCCAUUGGGCGCCUCUUGGGGGAGGCCCUCUCUGUCGCCUUCCCCGAGGGCAUCGUGGCCGGAGGGGUCACCAAUCGCAUUGUGCCUGGGGCGUACGCCCUGGCAGGGGCUGCGGCCUUCUCGGGGGCGGUGACCCACACCAUCUCCACGGCGCUGCUCGCCUUUGAGCUCACUGGCCAGAUAGUGCACGCCCUGCCCGUGCUGAUGGCGGUGCUGGCAGCCAACGCCAUCGCCCAGAGCUGCCAGCCCUCCUUCUACGACGGCACCAUCAUCGUGAAGAAGCUGCCAUACCUGCCGUGGAUCCGUGGCCGCAAGAUCAGCUCCCACCGCGUGACCGUGGAGCACUUCAUGAACUGCGCCAUCACCACGCUGGCCAAGGACACGCCGCUGGAGGAGGUGGUCAAGGUCGUGACCUCCACAGACGUGGCCGAGUACCCCCUGGUGGAGAGCACAGAGUCCCAGAUCCUGGUGGGCAUCCUGCGAAGGGCCCAGCUGGUGCAGGCUCUCCAGGCUGAGUCCCCUUCCUGGGCUCCAGGACAACCGCGGUGUCUCCAGGACGUCUUGGCGGGGGGCUGCCCCACAGAGCCAGUGACCCUGCAGCUGUCCCCGGAGACCUCCCUGCACCAGGCGCACCACCUCUUCGAGCUGCUGAACCUUCAGCUGCUCUUCGUGACGUCGCGGGGCCGCGCUGUGGGCUCCGUGUCCUGGGCCGAGAUGAAGAAGGCAAUUUCCAACCUGACAAAUCCACCAGCCCCAAAGUGAGCUGGUCUGCCGAGAUGAAAGAGGGCACCUCAGCUGCCCUGUGACUGGGGCUGGGCAGAGACCCUGCCUGUCCUCCCCCAUCACAACACACCCUGCCCACCAGCCCCACUCAGCUCCUGGGCCGAGCAGGCCGCUCUAACCUAGCCCUGAACGGGUCCUGUGUUCACUGUGCCCCACCCGGCGUGGGACAGCGGCUGCUGCCUUGAAGGACAGAUCCCACCUUGGACAGAGCUCGGAGUGUGAGAUGGCAAAAACAACAACAACAACACAGCACAUGGCAGAUGCUCGGUGAAUGUUCGUCAGACUUGUGGAUGAAGAGAUUGGAGUAUGGUGUCACCAAGGGCAGGCACCGCUGGGGGCUGUCUGCUUCCCAGCCAGAGGCCCCUGAGAAAAAUAAAGCUGGUCCCCUCAUCUCAGCUC